ACAAUGAACGGGACACACAUAAAUGAAAUAUUGCUCCUUGGCUUUGAAAACAUUCAUAGUUUCAAGCAUUUAAUUUUCUUUUGGUUCCUCCUAAUUUACAUAGUGACUAUAACUGGAAAUGUGGUCAUUAUUCUAUUGGUGUUGACCAGUAAUCAUCUUCGAUCUCCUAUGUUCUUCUUUCUUGGUCACUUGUCCUUUUCAGAUGUUUUGCUGACUUCAAACAUUGUUCCAAACAUGCUCCAUAUAAUAUUAUCAGAGGGCGGUAUUGUACGUCUUGGAAGCUGUAUUGCUCAGUUUUACUUGUAUGGUUCUGUGAUCAUCACGGAGUGUCUUCUCCUCUCAGCCAUGUCCUAUGACCACUACCUUGCCAUAUGUAAGCCAUUGCAUUACACAAUGAUUAUGGAUCUUAAUCUCUGUUUUUACUUGGUUGUAGUUUGCUGGUCACUAGGAUUUGUUAUAACACUCGUCACAGUUUUCCUAUUGCAAACAUUGUGGUUCUGUGGCCCCAAUGUAAUCGAUCACUUUUUCUGUGACCUUGGCCCCCUACUUGAAUUAUCUUGUUCAGACGUUUCCAUAAUUACAUUUGAUGUGUUCUUCUUUUCUAUUCUUUUGACAUUUAUACCAUUUGUGUUCAUCACUGUUACCUAUGUGUAUAUUUUUCUAACCAUCUUAAAGAUAACCUCAGCCGCCGGGAGGCAGAAGACCUUCUCCACCUGUAGCUCUCAUCUGGCCGUUGUAUGUACCUACUUUGGGGCACUGUUUGUCAUGUAUGUGGUUCCCUCAAGAGGACAUUCUUUGAACAUGAACAAGGUGGUAUCUCUGAUGUACACUGUGGUCACCCCAUUGUUGAACCCCAUCAUAUACAGCUUGAGGAACCAAGUAAUUAAAUCAGUCAUAAGUAAAUACAUAUCUGUGUGCAAGAAAAGCUGUACAUACUGA